AUGGCCCAUGGCACUCUCGCCGAGAUGCAAGCACAGCUUCAGUGGCUAUCGUCCCAGCCACAUUCACACAAGAUUGUGAUUGCAGGAAACCAUGAUAUACUCCUCGACGAAUCGUGCGACACGAAGUUUUUGACCCGCAGUGGAGACAUUGUCGCGGAGCGCAAAGAAUUGGAUUGGAACGGGAUUCAAUAUCUGCAAGAUGAGGCGAGUUUGGUCGAUGGGCGUUCCAAUGCCCCCCCGAUUCGCGACGUGUGGACCGGUCGGGUACCCGAUGAUACCGAUAUCCUGGUGGUGCACGGUCCCCCGGCCUUCUACGGAGACUGUGAUGGAGAGAAGAAACCAUCUGGAGAAGUGAAAGUGAAGGGCGGUGGAUAUCUCUUACGCGAGAUCCGCAGAGUCAGGCCCAAAAUGGUAAUCUGCGGCCACAUCCAUGGGGCAUUUGGCCUUGUUUCUAUUAAGCACGAUGGGAAUCAAGAUACCUUGGACGGACUGCGGAUGCGCUGGGAUGAUUGCAACCCACUCAGAGCUUUGAGCCAUAGGUUGUGGAGCAAAGCUAUCGCGAGAGACCUCGUGCAUCAACAAGAAACACUUGUCGUGAACGCUGCCGUGGCGCCCGGGCCGGGGACAAACAAGCCCAAGAGCGCUAUUGCCAUUGACCUACAUUAA